UUUAAUAUAUUUCAGCAUUUAUUUUUUCUAUAUUUUUGCAGAGUUGAAAAAAUGGUGGUAGCAUCAUCUCUUGUCUCUCCUCUUUGCACAUGGUUAGUGGCAACAUGCUUGAGUUCAUCAAGAGAAGGUAGGAAUUUAGAUAAAAAUUCAAGUUAUUUUCAAUGCCAAAAGAAGGUGAGAAGGAGGAAUUUGGUGGCUCUUAGUAGCAAAAAUGGUGGAUUCAGCACUUUGAUGGAGUUUUGUCGUAUCGAACCUUGCGAAAGAGUAUUGCAGUUCCCGCGCGUUGUUUGGUGUGGGUGCAUUUGCGGAUCUUGGAUCCAAGAAUCGGAGGCCAAAGCAACUGAGUCGAGCUCGUGGUUCAGAUGAGGAGAAAGCCGUAGCGUCUACAGAGACGAAGAAACCAAAAUCGAAGAAAAGACGCGUCGUCGUAAUGGGAUUGGGUGUUGUAUCACCACUUGGACACAAUGUGGAUGAAUUUUAUGGCAAUCUUCUUCAAGGCAUCAGUGGAGUUACCCAUAUAGAGUCAUUUGACACUACUCAGUUUCCCACAGGGUGGAUGGGUCCGACCUAUCUGAAAGGUAGUGUGGCAGGCGUACUUCUACUCGAAGAAUUGGAGCAUGCAAAACAAAGAGGCGCGCCUAUAUACGCCGAGUUUUUAGGGGGAAGCUUCGCAUUCGAUCCAUAUUAUACAAUGGACCCACAGGCUCAUAGUAGAAGUAAAAGUUGUUUUCGUUGUAUAGAGACGGCGUUGGCUGAAUCACGAGUCGAUAGAGAAGAUAUCAACUACAUAAAUGCUCAUGCUGCAUCAAUACCUGCAUUCGACUUAGCUGAAUAUCAAUCUAUUACACAUUUGUUUGCACAAAAUUCUGAGUCACCUAUUAGGGGCUGCUGGGGCUGUCGAAGCUAUAGCAACUAUCAAGACUAUAGAGACAGGAUGGAUCCAUCCAAAUAUCAACCCUGAACAUCCAAACCAAGGCCUGGAUUCAAGCGUUCUCGUUGGCCACGAGAA